CCCAGGCGGGAGGCUGGGCCUGUGCUCAUUGUCCCCGGCGUGUCCAAGGCCAGGCGCUUCUCCCCUGGGGCCUCAGUUUCCCCAUCGGUGAGGGGAGGGCGUCGGGCCGCUCUGAAUCCUGAAUCCGUGCUGUUGCAGAGGGCGCUCGUCGCCGCAAGGGCGGUGACCUGGGCGGCUUCAGGAAGUCCAGUCCGUCCCUCCUGAGCUCCUGCGGCGGCCGCCGCCUCUGGACGAGAUAAGAUGCAGUCUCCCUGCCGUCAGGGUCCACCCCUCAGGUUGGCUGAGGGGGGGUCGUUUUUCUUUCUACUCCCGCCUUUUGGAAUAUUCUGGAACUUCCUUGCGCUGGGCGUUUUGCUUUCCCUGUCCCCGGAAAGCCACGCUCCCUUUUCUCCCCGUGAUUCCGCCCCAAUCCUGCCACCUCAGAGGCAUCCUCCCCAGUCACUCGCACUGCCUCCCUUCGUCGCGCCGUUUCCCUCGUGGCUGUUUCACCUCGAGGUGCCCGUUGAGUGACUCGAUCCCGGCUGCCCUCCGCUGCACUGCCACCGCGGGGUCCAGGUACCCUGGACUUCUUCCAAGGACUCGGUCUGGAAUGAGGUUUCAAGGACCAAGGACCUGUGGAGGCAGCUGUGUCUGAGACGCUGGUCAUCCUGCAAAGCCUCCCAGAUGGUCCUGGGCACACAAACAUGGAAACAGUACUAUCUGUGCCGAUCUGAGCUGGAGUUCCGAAUGGAAUUUGGGCGGCCAGUGGACUUCACCUGCAAAGCCAUGGCUGGACACACAGGAUCGAUAGAUGAGCUGGCUUACAUCUCUACCGAUGAGUGCCGGUUUGAUGGGAGGGAGAAGUCUGUGGUUUGCACUGUGUCCUCAGACUGUACUGUGCGUGCCUGGGAUUUACACGAGGGCAUGGAGAUCUGGUCGAGCCCUCAACAGCCUGCCGCUCUGGUGAAUUUGGUGGCCUACCCUCAGCUGCAGCUGGUUGUCACUGUGGACAAGCAAGGAUUGAUCAAAUCAUGGAAGGCAGAGAACGGGUGCGAGCUGGCCUCCUUCUGCCUGCCGAUGCACUCGUCUGCGUUGGAGGCCUGUGACCAUCCUGAGGGCCCCUUUCUGCUGGCGGCCUGCGCCGGCGGGAACCUUCACACGCUGACGGUGCCUCAGCUGCACGAGGUCUCCAAAGUGCCCGUGGCUGCCAGCGUCGCUGUGAGUCUCCUCUGCUCUCCUGACCGACAGUGGGCGUUUGUGUCUGCAGAGAAUUCAGACCUGGGCCCAGAGGUGUUUCCCCAGGUGUUCUACACUCAGUCCUUGCUGCACCCAUCGGAAGACAAGCCUCCUGUCUCCACUACCCUCCCCAUCUGGCUGACUUCCAGAAGCUGCUGGGCCCCCGGAGAGGCAGCCAGGCUGAUUGUGAUGCACAAAAAUGACAGUGGCACGCAGCUGGUUGUCACUACCUAUGAGUUAGAAGCCAAGAAGUCCAGGGAGAGAGUGAACAUUCUGGUACAACAGAUCGCCAGUUUCCUCUUGCCAGACACCAUGAUGCCUCCUCACCUCGUGAAGGGCCAUGGCUCUCAGGUGAUCCUGCUGGGCUCAGAGUCAAAGCUGGUGCUGUUCACCAUGCACGGCCUGCAGCUGGCAGCCUUCCAGGACCACCAGAGGCCCAUCACGGCCCUGUGGGUGGUGAGUACGAUGCCCGCUGCCCACGUCACAGCUCUCCGCCUUAAGGAGUCCACAUCCACACCUCAUCUGACUUUUCAUUUCAAGGACCCGAGCCGAGUCAUCACCUCUUCCUUUGACCUCUCUUUGCGAGUCUACGUGUGGAAUAAAGAAAAUGAAUUUCCCAUCCUCAAGAGCUGCUAUCACUUGCUUGGGGGAUCCCACAGAUGGGCCAGUGGAUUUACCCAUGUGGAAAGUGACAGCAUGAGCAUUGUAGGUGUGGAAGCCCGAAGCUCUGGAACAGGCCUCCUAAGGUCAUACUGCUUCAGGGUGCAGCACAGCUGGAAUGAUGGCACCGAUUGAAGAUGGUCUCACUUUGGUGAAGAGCUUGCACACGUGCAAAGACUAGAUUGAUCAUGUUAUCGACGCUGGGGAAGGAAUUAGUAAUUCUCAGAUGCCCACUGUGUGCCAGACCCUGUGCUAUGUGACUUGACUUUUACAUCCUCACAAGUCAGUGAAGUAGCUGUUAUUGUCCCUGUUUUUCAGACAAGGAAAAUGAAAUGCAGGAGAGUAAUUAACCCAUUAUUAACCCCAUUGCUGAGCUGCUAAGCAACCUGCCCGAGAUGAUUGGGGUAGUAAGUGGCCAAAAGGAGUUAAAUACACAUGUAAAGGACUAGGAAGCCCGUGCUUAAAGUACUAGGAUUAUAAAAUAAUUGUUUUUGUUGUCCAAAUAUGUAAUUAAGUAAAUAUUUUUUAUCUUCCUAUUCUGUAUUCUAUACUAUAGACACACACUAAUACAUAGUUCUUGCUGUCACAUAGAUGAAUUGUGUGGCACUGUUCCGCGUAACUGUAGGGCUGCCAUUUUUUAUUUUGUAACAGUGGCGCCCCCUGGUGUUGGUCACCGUGGAAUCCCUGGUAGGUUGCUGGGCACAUCAUUCAGAGUUCCUGAUUGUAGGCAACAGGAGCUGACACUGACUAAGAGACCCAGAAAGGAAUUUAUUGAAAGGAUGUGGAUUCACCCACGCAGUCAGUGGGAAGGCUGGGAAAGCAAGGUGGGACCAAGGGCAGCCGGGCAGCAUGAGUCUAGCAUGGCCUGCUCUAGCAG